AUGAUCGCGACCAGUCAGUCCGGAUACUCGCUGGUAUCAUGUCACAUCCCGCAGCCACAGCUGCCCUUGGGGCAGAUCCCUGUUACGCAGAGGUCCAGUGGCCUGGUGUCAGUGAGCCGAGCCGUGUCUCUGCCUGAGAGGGAGUGUCACAGCUGCCUCAGUCUGACCGAGGAGGAGGGCACCAGCGACAGCAGUCGAUAUGAGAACUCUUCUUCUCCAGAAGAACGCUCUCAGAUCCACAGGCUCAGGACUCCGAGGAAACUCUGCGCGCGCUCUCACAACUCCUUCAUCCCCAACUCAGAAAUGGAUGAAGACGAGGAUGACGAUAGUGAUGGGGAUAAUUUACACCGUUACUGUGAGGACUCUUCUUUCGUUUUGCACGGAAACACUAACUCCACCGUCACUAACGGUGUAAGGACUGUCAUCAGAGACUGGGGAUCGGAGUUUGAUGAAGAAUGGGAUCCUGAACAAUCAAACCAACGGUUUCACAGAUGCCUGUGCUAUCAGGCGAGUGAUGCUAGCUUAGCUUUAGGGGCUAAUGUUCCAGAGAGCUCCAACAGACUGAAGAGCAGCAGGUCCUGUUGUAUUCACAGUCUGCAGAAGUGCUCGCCUGAGUUAUUGUCAAACACUGAUUCCUCUUGUAACAGUUCUGAUGGCAUCCUUGUCAACUUCUGCACAAUCUACAACAGGAGCAACAAACCUGCCACCCCCCAGGACCUGAGCAGCCCCCCCCUGGAGCCAGCACCUGGUUGUGUGUUCCUGAACCUCCAGCCUGUCGGCCUCAGCCCGCUCUCCCCUCAGGCCUUGGACUCCAACUGUAACCUGUCUAGUGUGGAGCCGCAGCCCGCCGGCCUAUCUUCUCUGGAGGCUUCCGACCUGAACGGCUGUCUCCAAAGUCGAGGAGUGCUACAGAUGGGAACCAAUCAGAAGUACUAUAAGCUUGUGUCAUGUGACCUCUCCUCACAGUCACCCAGUCCAGCCUGGUGCAGCUCUCCGUCUACAGACAACAAAAAGGGAAGAGCGGAGCCAACAGAGAGUUCCUUUUCCACCACAGAGCUCCCUGUACCCUCCACCUCCGCCUCCGCCUCCUGGAGGAAGCACCCUCUGGGAAGCCCCCCUCCCCCCGUGGACCAUGAUCACUAUAAUGAAGAAGCCAGUGACAGGGGGCCGAGUUCAGGGCAAACUGUGGUGCGCUUCACUAAAGCCCAGAGGCCGACAUCACUUCCCAUCCAGCCCUUUGUUUUGCUCCCGAAAGAAAAGUCUCCUCUGGAGGCGGAGCUCCUUGGCGGCCUUCUUGAGCAGUAUGUUGGUCUAAAGAGCCGAGAAGGCUUCACCUUUAAGGGCAAGAGGAGUCAGUGCUUCAGGAACAUGCAGCUCUCUCCGAUGGGAAGCCAGUGCCCCGUCUUUCUGCAGGCUCCCUCCAGCUCAGACACCUGUUCUACUUGUACGCCCAGCCCUGAUUGUUUCAGACACGUAUGGAGUCGCUCAGGGACGAAUCCGUCCAUGUUGCAACUAGGCAGCAAACUUACAUAUGAUCAAACCAGCCCCUACUCAGACAAACAGGGACCAGUAAUCAGUAAAGCCACUUUGGUCAGAAUCCCCACACAAUGCAACCUUAUCCACCUCACUCCAGAGCAGCAGGAGCAACAGAUACACAGCUCCACCAGCUCACUACACACUCUAACCUCGCCCACUUUACCUUUAUCUGUAGACUCCCACAGUACUGUAACCCCGCCCACUUUACCUUUAUCUGUAGACUCCCACAGUACUGUAACCCCGCCCACUUUACCUAUAUCUGUAGACUCCCACAGUACUGUAACCCCGCCCACUUUACCUUUAUCUGUAGACCCCCACAGUACUCUGACCCCGCCCGCCUUACCUCCAUCUGUAGUGUCCAGUCAGGAGCCUGAAUCAGGCCAAAAUUCUCUGGUCCUGCCCCACACUGCACCAGUCUCUGGGUUUAUGCAUAGAACCCUGACCGCAGUGGCGUCGUCUCUGCUGAAGUCCUGGACGUCACAUGACUUCAGUCUCCAGAACAGUGAGAGGACACGUGGACAUCUGUCGCCUGAAACAUCCUACGAGUCCAUGUCCAUCAGUCAUCUUCAGAGGAGAGGUUUGCUGAAAGCUGUUAGCAAAGCGGUGGACUUAAUCCUGGUCCAUUUUGGCAGAAGUAGAGACCCAGAGGACAAGAUGCAACUCGGAGACAGCUCCUGCAGUCCGAUCAUCGCUGGUUUAGUUGUUGAACAUUUGUGUCCAUCGAUACAGUCCAUUCUGGAAGACGGGCUCAGGGAUCACCAACUGGAUCCAAUCAUUGGUCAAAAGCCGACUGAUUCCUGGAGGAUUGUGGAGCUAUCCACCAGAAUAGGUCCAUCCACCAAAGUUCUCCACAGUCUGGUCUCAAAGAUCAAACAAAAUCCUCAUCUCACAGACCACAGUAUGAGACUGAGAGCCUUCAUCAUGGGUCUCCUCAACCUCAGAUCAUUGGAGUUCUGGCUUAGUCAUCUUAAUAAUCAAAAAGACGUGGUGCGUACUCACUACCACACGUGGGGGUUCCUGCCCAUGUCUCUGGAGCAUUGUCAGCCACUUUUCCAGGAGCUGCUACUGCUAAUUCAGCCUCUGUCUGUUCUGCCCUUUGACCUCAACCUGCUGCUGGAGCCCCGCCUCCUACAGCACAAGAGGCUCUGGGCCGAGGACCGCAGCACCUAUUCUCCUCCACCUGCCCCUCCCUCGGCCCCUCCCUCUGGCCUUUUAGCCACCAGCUGGCCCCUGCUGCAGGCCCAGAGAAGUGGGCAUCAUGUUCACAUCCUAUCUCCAUCCCCACAACCACAGAGGGGUCGCUUGUCUGCUCCUGCUGCUGAACGGGAGUCGACAGAAAUGGCCAAUCACUGGUCCCAGAUCAGUGUGGAUCAGUGUCAGAGUGGACAGAGUGGACAGAGUGGACAGAGUGGACAGAGUGGACAGAGCCCAGGUUUACGCUGGGCCAAACUGUUCGGAGCAGCCGACCUAUCCUCAAACUCAGUCAGGAAUGCACAAACUCAGUCCAAGCACAAAAAGCGGUUCAGCAAGAAACCAUCUGAGUGGCUUCAGCUGGACAGAUGGCAGUUGGAACAAAUGGCUCAGUAUCUGGUGUCUAGGAAACUGCAAUAA